AUAAGGACAGAGAUCGAUGUAAGGUGAUGAGAAAAACUAGACGUUAGCAGAGGUUAGUCAAGCUAGCCACGAUGAGUUGCGGCGUCGUCGUCGCCGUCGCCUUCCUGCUCCUCCUUCUCGGCGGCGGGCUCACCGCGUUCGUCCCGGCGGCGGCCGCCGCCGAUGUCUGCGACAACGUUAAACAAGUGGCCACCACCCUCCCCAAGAACAUCUCCUCUUCCCCCUUGUACUUCGCCAGCACCACCUUGGGCCAAGCGCCCGACGUCAUCUACGCGCUUGCACUCUGCGGGGGCGACGUCAUCAACGGCACCGCCUGCGGCAGCUGCGUCGCCAGCGCGUUCGACAGUCUGCUAAAACAGCCGUGCUCCACGGCUGGCCACUACUACGGUGACUGCAAUGUCGCGUACUCCACCAACGACAUCCUUGCGGCGGCGCCCUCCUCCAAUAAUGCCACGGCAACAGCAGACGCCGACGAGACGCUCUACACGCUUUGGAACGAGAAGAACGUCACCGGCGACGAUUCCGACGUCCGCCUCAUCGUCGGCCUCAUCCACGACCUGCUGGUCCAGACGGUGCAAACGGCGUCCACCGCCGCGCCGAGGCGGUUCGCCACGGGCGCCAUGGACAGCGGCACCACCUUCCCCACGGUGUACUCCACGGCGCAGUGCACGCCGGACCUGUCCGCCAGCGACUGCCUCGCGUGUCUCCAGCGUCUCAUGGCCAUGAUCAACUCCACCAUGGCCCUGCGGAUGGGGGGCAGGAUCUAUGUCAUACGCUGCUAUUUCAGGUACGAGGCGUAUUUGUUCUACGACAGCCCAACCAUGAUACGUGUCGGCCCGUCAUCGGCGCCGCCGCCUGCUCUGACUCCAACCUCGCCGGGACACAAGAGGAGUAGGAGCAAGCUCUGGGCAAUUCCUGUAGCUGUGGUUCCUCUAGUGGCAGUAGCAUUUCUCUGCUUCUUCUACUCCCCUUGGUUCAGAAAGUACAGGAAAGGUAAAUCAGGGAGGUUACAAGCAGGAUAUAGGCCUACUCUCGACUUGGAGGCCAAGGAUGAACUAGUUUGGGAUGGCAAGAACUCAGAGUUCUCGGUGUUCGACUUUGAACAGGUGCUGGAGGCCACAAAUAAUUUUUCAGAAGAAAACAAACUUGGACAAGGUGGCUUUGGUGCUGUCUAUAAGGGCCAGUUUGCUGAGGGAUUGGAGAUAGCAGUCAAGAGACUCGCUUCACAUUCAGGCCAAGGAUUCACAGAGUUCAAAAAUGAAGUCCAGCUCAUAGCCAAACUCCAACACAGAAAUCUUGUUAGGCUCUUGGGAUGCUGCUCUCAAGAAGAAGAGAAAAUUUUGGUAUAUGAGUACUUGCCAAACAAAAGCCUAAACUUCUUUAUAUUUGAUGAAAAUAGAAGAGCUUUGCUAGAUUGGUUCAAACUUCUAGUAAUAAUAGAAGGAAUAGCACAUGGGCUUCUUUAUCUACAUAAGCACUCCCGGCUGCGUAUCAUACAUCGAGAUCUUAAGCCAAGUAACAUUCUAUUGGACAACGAAAUGAAUCCUAAAAUUUCAGAUUUUGGGCUUGCAAAAAUAUUCAGCUCAAAUAAUGCUGAACGAAACACUACACAAAGAGUGGUCGGCACAUAUGGCUAUAUGGCUCCUGAAUAUGCUUCAGAGGGUAUCUUCUCGAUCAAAUCGGAUGUCUUCAGCUUCGGUGUUCUAGUUCUUGAGAUCCUUAGUGGAAAACGGAAUUCUGGUAGCCAUCAAUGUGGAGAUUUCGUUAAUUUUAUUGGAUAUGGAUGGCAAUUGUGGAAAGAGGGGAGGUGGAUUGAUCUCGUUGAUGCAUCAUUGCUUCCCAAUAGCCAUUCGGAAGAGAUGAUGCGGUGCAUUAACAUUGCAUUGUUGUGUGUACAAGAGAAUGCUGCCGAUCGACCAACCAUGGCAGAUGUUGUUGCAAUGCUAAGCGCUGAGACCACCACUAUCCUGGCUGAGCCUAAGCAGCCAGCAUAUUUCAAUGUGAGGGUCGGAAAUGAAGUGACAUCCACUACAGCAACUGAGUCAUGUAGUAUUAAUGAUAUGACCAUAUCUGUCACAUAUCCUAGAUAGUUUUUUGGGUAUUAUGUGGUUUCAUUGUCCAAUGUAGUAUCAAUAAUAACCUAAUGAUUGUGUAAUAGUCUAAAGCAUCCUUUGGAACAUAUAAAUCAUGUGGAAAUUUCUCAAACACGCAGGAUUAAGGAAAAAUUCCUGCAUUCGGCCUAAGUAUUGUUUUAAAUGUGUGAUUAUAUCCACUUUAGUGUAUCAAA